GGCACCGACUUGAGGUGGGGGACCUGGGCCGGUGUCCUAGAGGGAAGGUUCCCAGGGAGGCUCACGGAAGGAAAAGUGCCUGGCCUCGCAUGUAAGGGUGCGGUACGGGACGCAGACCCCGCUGCUUUCUCGGCACCCAUGGCGGUGGCGAUGCCCCCGAGUCGGGUGGAGGUCUCAGGCUGGAGCUGGAGGCCGGUGGCUCGAGACGCACUCCUGGCUCGGGCCUUCCAUUCGUGCACCGAACUGCGGGGACGGUUCUAUCUGGUGGGGGGUCUUCUAACAGGUGGAGCGAGAAAGCCCAGCAGUGAUACGGUGGUCUUCGACCCGACUGGGGGCCAGGCUGUACGGCUGGAAGCCAGGGACAGCCCCCUGCUCAGUCACCACGACGCGGCAAACGUGGGCGGGCGUUGGCUCUGCGUGGUGGGCGGCUGGGACGGGUCGCGACGCCUGGCCACAGUGAAGGUGCUGGACACAGAGCAUGGAGUGUGGGAAGCGUGGACGGCGACCCCUGACAACUGCCCUCCUGCUGGCCUCAGUAGUCACACCUGCACUCGCCUUUCCGAUCGGGAGUUGAGGGUGGCUGGCCGAGAGGGUGGUACCCGCACUCAGCGACGAUAUGGAAGCAUCUACACCUUAACUCUGGACCCGAGUGCCCGCACCUAUUGCUACAAAGAAGACUACCACACAGUCUCCCGCUCAGGUCACUGUGCCGCCCUGCUCCAAACUCCUGGGCCCCACCCUGGUCAUCAGUUAUUGCUCUUUGGGGGUUGCAACUCCGCUGAACCAGAAAUAGCUGGGCAAUGGAGUCAAGGGAAGAUUAAGGAGGAACCUCCUAUUGCCCCACGUUUGAUGGAACAGCUUGCAAGGCUUGUGAGCAAGGGGCAGGGGUCCCGGCAAGGACCCCGGGGACUGCGUCAUCACUCAUGUUCUGUGGUGGGGCCUUUUGCUGUGCUGUUUGGUGGAGAAAGUCUGACCAGAGCUAGAGACACCAUCUGCAAUGACCUCUACAUCUAUGAUACCCGCAAAUCUCCUCUGUGGUUCCACUUCCCCUGUGCAGACCGUGGGCUGAAACGUGUGGGCCAUCGAACCUGUCUUUGGAAUGAUCAGCUUUACCUGGUUGGGGGUUUUGGUGAGGAUGGCAGGACAGCUAACCCACAGGUUUGCAUCCUGGACCUCUUUAUUUAAAAAAUAGUGUCAAACACACUGCCAAGACUCUGUUUGGUUGCAAACCCAUAAAGCAUUAUCACUACUGCUAUCUGCCUCAUUUCAAGUGCUUAUUAAAUUUCAAUUGAGAAUCGACA